UUUCUCAUUGAUUUUAUACUCGUUGCGAAGCACGCGUCAUGUCGAUUAAGACAACUCGAUAAUUGUUUCAUCUUCGACGAAAAUUCAAAGCAACAUGACUGCGUGCGAAUUAAACCAGAUAUUCCUUGGCGAAGUUUCGUCUAUUCAAAAUUACGGAGCCUUCAUUAGGAUACCAGGCUGUUCGCAACAAGGCUUGAUACACCGCUCACAGGUUAGCUCCACUCAUAUCGACAAUGUUGCGGAGGUUUUGCAAAAGGGUGAGCGGGUUUGGUGUAAAGUGAUCUCUGUGGCAGAGGAUGGCAAGAUAGGGCUGUCCAUGAAGCAUGUGAAUCAAGGAAAUGGCAAAGAUUUAGAUCCUAAUGGUGUAGAGCUACAGAGGGAUGUACAACGAAGAAAAAACCCAGGGAUUGUCCAGCGUAAAGUUAUACAGUUGGAGGCAAUAUUAGAUACUAUCUGCACAAAGUGUGGGACCAAAGGACAUUUAUCCAGGGACUGUUUCGUGUCACCUAACGGAAAGAAGUACGAACUGAUUCCAGAGAUCGAGGAGGAGAUUAUUCAUGAAUCAGUGGAUGAAUGCAAAGAGAAGAAACCAGAGAAAAAACGCAAACUCAAGAAGCUGAAGAAGGAGAAGAAGUCAAAGAAGAGCAAGCGUUCUAUGGACGACAGCGAUUCAGAAGAGAAAGAGAGAACUAAGAAGAAGAAAAGCAAAUCUUCGAAAGAACGCAAGAAGCACAGGAAAAAGUACAGCAGUAGCUCGAGCGACUCCUCCUCCAGUGCAUCGUCUAGCCAUGAUGUAAAAGCUCACAAGCGGAAACAUUCGGCGGAUCAUAACACUCGUACGAAGAAAUGCAAGCAUUCUAAGUUUAAACAUCCGGAUUGAUCACACUCGAUUCACUUACCUUUGAUUGUUACAAACGCUCGGUUAGAUAUCCAAUAAAUAGACAAAACUCACCGG